AUGACACUUCCUCUUGUGCCGUUGAAUCUCAAGCUUGAAAAAGUGGUAAGGGCAAAUCGAAGAGAAAAGAGGGCGAUAGCUAGUGGUGCUACAUCAAGUGAGCCUCGAGUGGUAGUGGAGUCCGAUCACUCUAGUUCCAGUGAGUCUAGUGGAGACACCAUUCCAUUAGAGUCACCAAGGACAAAUUCUCCAACUUCUUCACCUUUUCAAGACUUUGAAAUGGCCGCUCCGAACAAGACUUUGAGAGAGUUUGGUGUUCCUCCACCAUAUCAAGAAGCAAGUGGGAUUGCUACUCCCGCUAUUGAAGCAAACAAUUUUGAGAUAAGGCCCGCCCUUAUCACCUUGAUUGAGGGUCAUCAAUUCUCAGGGGCAAAGCAUGAAGAUCCCGUUGCACAUCUCAAGCAAUUCACACGGUAUUGUAGCACCGUGAAGGCAAAUGGGGUGACUCCGGAGUAUAUUCUCUUAAGCAUGUUCAAAUUCUCUUUAACGGGCAAGGCAAGUGAUUGGCUUGAUAGGUUGCCUCCGAACUCAUUGAACACACGGAAUGAGGUAACUUCGGCAUUCCUUGGGAGGUUCAUUCCCCUUGGGAAAACGGCGGAGUUGAGGUCCAAGAUUUCGAACUUUCAACAAGAGCCCGAUGAGUCUCUUUAUGAUGCUUGGGAGAGAUUCAAGAGCUACCAACAACAAUACCCCCACCAUGGCAUGGAAGAUUGGCUCUUGAUCCAUGGGUUUUAUAGAGGACUCUUGAGAUCGGACCGCAUACUCUUGGAUGGAGCAUCGGGAGGACCUAUCAUGAACAAGCCACCCACGGAGGCACUAAAGAUCAUUGAGGAUGUAGUUCAAAACUACACCGAUUGGAGCCCCGAUGAGAGAAGCACUUCCAAGAAAGGAGGAAAGUACGAGGUAAAUGCUAUAAACAUGAUUAACUCAAAAUUAGAUGCUUUAUCUUCUAAGUUUGAUCAAUUGCAAUCCUUUUCUCUAUCCCCUUCCCCACGUCAAAAUUCACAUGCAUCUAGUUCAUUAAAUGAAAACAUGUCAAUACAAAUGAUGUCUUGUGAUACUUGUGGAAGUGAUGAUCAUGUGACUUCGGAAUGCUAUUUGUUAAAUGAUUCAUGCUCCCCUUCCCCUUCCAUGGAACAAGUAAAUGCAAUUAACAAUGGUCAAACCAAUCCUAGGUAUGACCCUUAUUCCAACACCUAUAAUGAGGGAUGGAAACAUCACCCAAACUUUGGUUGGAAAGGGGGCCAAACCCAAGGAAAUGGUCAAGGUCAAUAUAGUGGCCAAAGGAAUGUUCAAAACAAUAAUCAAGGAAAUUAUAGGAACCAAGGUAGUGGUAACUAUGUGUCAAACAACCAAGUAAAUCAACAAAAUGACAAUAGGUAUCACCAAAGAGGUCAAUAUUCGUCCAACAACAACCCACCCGGUUUUAAUGGAGGAAAUAAACCUACCCUUGCUCCUAUCCCUCAACCUCCUCUUCAAAUUCAAGCUCCCCCUCCUAAGUCAAGCCUAGAAAUAACAAUGGAAAAAUUUGUUAAUGCUCAAACUAAGAAAACCAAUGACUUAGAGGAGACUAUCAAGCAAGUGCAAGUCCACAAUAAGAUCCUAGAAACUCAAUUAACUCAACUAGUUAAUGCAAUUAAAAGCAACAAUCCUAGCACCUCUUCACCUAGUCAAGAAUAA